CAAUCAGCGGAGCGAGAAAACCGGGUUGUGUCUCCGUCAAGUGCUCUGCUUUUCCGUCUGCAAGUGACUGACUUCUUCUGAAAGCGUCAUGGAGGACGAGCGUGGAAAGGAGGCGAGUGCUCCUGUUCGGCUGGGGAUUUUACUUCGGCACCUCUUUCCUCCUGGGCCAGCGAGUCCGGCUGGCGCUGUCACUCUCACAUCAUUUCCUACUUCAGCCCAAGUUGCAUCCAUGAACUAUCCAAAACAGUUCCGUUACACCUUGGAUAAUAACCUUCUAAGUCCAGAGCAAAGGCAUUUCUAUGAUGAGAAUGGUUAUCUUGUCAUAAAAAAUCUGGUCCCCAAUGAGGACAUAGAAUGUUUCAGAGAUGAGUUCACAAAGAUCUGCAAAAACGAAAUAAAGGUUCCUGGACUGACGAUUAUGAGAGAUGUGACAAUUGCCAAGUCAGAGUUUAUUCCAGAUCAGAAAGCCGUUUCAAAAAUACAGGAUUUUCAGGAAGAUAAAGAGCUCUUCAGAUAUUGCACCUUGCCUCAGGUAGUAAAAUACGUUGAAUGUUUCACAGGACCAGAUAUUAUGGCUAUGCACACCAUGUUGAUAAAUAAACCUCCAGAUCCUGGGAAGAAGACCUCUCGCCAUCCAAUGCAUCAGGAUUUGCACUAUUUCCCAUUCCGACCUGCAGAUCGCAUUGUUUGUGCUUGGACUGCCAUGGAGAGGAUUGAUCGCAGCAAUGGAUGUCUGGUAGUGUUGCCAGGAACUCAUCGGGGAUCCCUCAAACAGCACGAUUAUCCUGAGUGGGAGGGUGGUGUAAACAAGAUGUAUCAUGGAGUGCAUGAUUAUGAUAAAAAUGUUCCCAGGGUUCACCUUGUUAUGGAGAAAGGAGACACAGUAUUUUUCCAUCCCUUACUUAUCCAUGGUUCGGGCAUGAACAAGACUGAAGGAUUUCGUAAGGCAAUCUCUUGUCACUAUGCAAGUUGUGACUGCCACUAUAUUGAUGUGAAAGGUACUUCUCAGGAGAUCAUUGAGAAAGAAGUUGCAGAAAUUGCAAGAAUAAAGUAUGGUGUAGAUUCACCUGUCAACCUGAAGGAUGUUUGGAUGGUACGAAGCCGUCUUGUUAAAGGAGAGAGAAGAAAUCUUUAAACUUUUGUCUGGAUCCCAAGGCUAGGAAAUGUGCUGCAUUCCUGAACUGCAUGAAAGAAACCAUGACCCUCUACUCAGAUGUGUUCACAAGUUUUGUUCUUGCUGAUUCCUCUGUUACUAUUACGCUAAUAAUAAUAGUUCUGUAGCACACUUAUAUUUGAAAAUUAAUCUGCAAUCUUAGGCACACUUACUUUGGAAGUCGGUUCCCCCAGUGAUUGACUUACAGUGAGAGCAGAGGGACCCCAGCUCCCUCACUCUUGUGUCAGUUACUUCAGCUACUGAGUCUGAAGGCUGUGGAGGAUAUGAUUUGGCUAAAACCUGGGAGAGUGAGGGGCUCUUCUUACCUCCUUCCCCAUAAUUUGAGCACUGAAUAUAGUGGAACUUACUUUGGAGUAAACAGCAUUCUUAAGAUGAUAUUUAACGGAUAACAUCCCUUUGUCUCUAACGGAUGCUAAUCAUGUUGGCUAUUACUGAUUAUAGAUAUAUUUUUAAAGAAAACCACGAAGUUUACUUAAGAUACCAGUUAAAUUAAAAGCCAUAAUUUUAAUUUAACUGAUAUCUCAAGCUUGACUCAGCCUUCCAUCCUUCCGAGGUCGGUAAAAUGAGUACCCAGAAUGUUGGGGGCAAUAUGCUACAUCAUUGUAAACCGCUUAGAGAGCUCCGGCUAUAAAGCGGUAUAUAAAUGUAAGUGCUAUUGUAAGUGCUAUCUUAAAGACAAAGGGAGGUAGACAGAUGCUGCUUUCAUGCCCUUCACCACACUCUGCCUUCAUAAUGGUUGCGGCUCAUUCAGCCAUAGGUUUUAGACAGGAUCUCCCUAUGGGUAUUAAUGAUAUGGUUUCAGAUAUUCAUCGGGAUUUAAUUUUGUGGGGUUUAUUUGCAAAUGUUACUUAUGACAAUUUGCCAUUCAAAACUGCUUUUAGUCCUUGGUGGAAAAUGUACAUUUGAUUAUUCCUCGCUUUCCCAAAGUCAAAAUAAUCUGUUAGCUGUGUCUCAACAAAUGCCUACAGGGUUGGUGUUUUUCUUUCCUUAGGAAUCUAUUGCAUAGUUCAUUUAUUAAAUAUAGAUUUGGGA